GCCCCCCCCACGGGGCUCCGCGUCACAGCGAGUGCCAGCACCCUUCGCCCGGCCCCGUGUUAAUGAUCCACCCGCCUGCGCCGCUGCCGCCACUGCCAGCCCCCGGCAGCCACCCUGGUGAGCCCUGUGUGGUGGCGGUGGUGGUGGUGGCAGCAGAGCUGGGGGUCCUCAGCCGGGACGGCUGGGGGGGCCGGCAGCUCCCUGCCCCAUGCCCCACCCCUCCGCCCCAACACCCAGAUAAGCGCGGCUGCGGGCAGCACCCAUUUCCCGGCGCGCGGCGUGGGUGGGAGAGCUGGCAGGGACCAUGGCCGUGGCGACGGUGAACCUCCGUGCUGUGACCUCCUGGGUGGGCAUCGCCCGGCUCUUUGCCAUCGUGUUGUCCUGCAUCGCCUUCAGCUUGGUGGCCUCCACCGGGGACUUCGGGGGUCCCUACGGAACAUGGUGCAUGUUCACCUGGUGCUUCUGCUUCGCUGUGACGCUGCUGGUGCUGGUGCUGGAGCUGCUGGAGCUUUACCCCAAGCUGCCGCUUUCCUGGGAUGACUUCACCUCAGCUUUCUCCAUGCUGGCGGCGUUGAUGGUCUUCACCACCUCGGUAGUUUUUCCCUCCACCUUCAUCAGCAGCCCCUGCAGCAGCAACAAGUGUGUCCGGCAGGCCGUGGCCACCACCUUCUCCUGCCUCUGCUUCCUUGCCUACGCCCUCGAGGUGGGGCUCACCCGUGCCAAGCCAGGGGACAUCAGCAGCUUCCUCUCCACCGUGCCUGGGCUCCUCAAGGUCUUUGAAGCCUAUGUGGCUUGUCUCAUCUUCUCCUUGCUGGAUGCCUACAGUUCGGAAGCUGGCCUGCAGUGGUGCGUGGCUGUCUACUCCAUCUGCUUCAUCAUCACUCUCCUCAUCAUCAUCUUCACCAUCGGCCGGUGCCUCACCUACAUGCCCUGCCCGCUGGAGAAGAUGCUGGUGGGCUACAAUGCCUUGGCCCUGGUGAUGUACCUCACUGCCACCAUCCUCUGGCCCCUCUACAGCUUCAGGGGAAAGAGCCGCCCCAACUCCUGCGGCAGGAAUUGCUGGUGGAACAAGCACCUGGGGAUCACCUUCCUCACCAUCUUCAACCUCAUCGCCUACUUGGUGGACCUGGUCUACUCCACCAAGAUGGUUUUCAUCAGGGCACCUCCCUAAGGGCUCCGGGUGCCCCCGUGGGGUGAGGUGGUGGUGGGACGCGACUGGGUGCUGGUGCCGGCACUGGUGUGGGGCUGCCAGCGGAGCUGAGGAAGAGGCUGGACGCCUCGGAAAGCUCCUUCUCCCCACGCCAGAGUGGAGAGCCACAGGGUGCUCCUGGGGGUGUGCUCAGCCCGGUGCCCCAUGGUGGGGGCCAGAAGGCUGGGU